GGGAAGAUGAGUUCGUUGCCUCGGUAACAGCGUCGGUCGUGAAAGAUGGCGGGGCGCAGUGUCGGUCCCCGGAGACGGAGCGUUCCGGGCACUCCGCUCCCGCAGCGUAUUCAGCAACCUGCUGCGCCUCGACGUGACCUACUUGCCCGGGAGGAAGAAUAUAAGCGUUUAAAUGCAGAAUUGGAGGCAAAAACAGCUGAUCUGGUUCGACAAGCUGAGGAAGUAAUAAGAGAUCAGCAAGAAGACCAAUUGAGGCCUGUUUCAACACAAAUUAAAUCAUAUGAAAAGGAAGAGGAUUGCAAUUUAAAAGGUCUGUUGUCUGAAGGGAUAGUUCAUCUUCAUUCAGAAACUAAGCCAAAGACCAAAAAUGUUGAUGCAGUGAACAAGAUUCAAAACAGACUACACUCUACAAAUAAAGGAAGGAAAACAAAUUCAAGUAUAAAAUUGAAAUACUUUGAUGUACAGACUGCCAAUGAUGUUGCCAUUCCAGAGGAUUUCUCAGACUUUUCUCUUGCUAAAACAAUUAGUAAAAUUGAAGGGCAACUGGAGGAAGAAGGCUUACCUGAUUAUAUCGAUGAUGAUAUUUUUUGUGGUGUUAGUAAUGACAUUGGAAUAGAAGCACAGAACAGAUUUCUAAAGGCCAAACUCCGUGUUAUGCAGGAGGAAUUGGAUAAUGUUGUAUAUGAAUGCAAUAAGAAGGAAAAUGAAAUUCAGGAUUUAAAGUCUCAAAUAAAAAACUUGGAAGAAGAUUGUAUGAGACAGCAGCGAACAAUUAAUUUGCAACAGUCUCAAACAGAAAAAUAUAAAACUCUUUUUGAGGAGCUAAAUAAAAAAUGUGAUGGAUUACAGCAACAGCUGUCUUCAGUAGAAAAGGAAUUAGAAAAUAAAAGAAGACUACAAAAACAGGCUGCUACUAAUCAAAGUGCUACAGAAGUUCGGUUGAAUAGAGCUCUAGAAGAGGCAGAAAAGUAUAAAUUGGAGUUAAGUAAAUCAAGGCAAAAUAACAAGGAUAUAGCCAAUGAAGACCACAAAAAAAUUGAAGCAUUAAAGUCUGAAAACAAGAAGCUAGAAAAACAAAAAGGAGAAUUAAUGAUAGGGUUCAAGAAGCAGUUAAAAUUAAUUGAUGUUUUAAAAAGGCAGAAGAUGCAUAUUGAAGCUGCCAAGAUGCUGUCUUUCACCGAAGAGGAAUUUAUGAAGGCACUUGAAUGGGGAAAUUGAUAAGUGACCUACUUUAAUUAGUCUGUGUAACUGACUUUGUGCCCCAUAUACAUUUUAAAGUUUUAAUGAUUUAUUUUUACUCUUUAUAAAUAAGAUAUUUGAUAAUGAAAUCAAAGCAAUUGCAACAAAUUCCCUGUUUAGAUUUGGGGUGGAUACAAAAUUGAUAGAUGAUUAUUAGAAAAUUGUGAGCCACUUGCCCUUUUAUAUAAAGUAUUUUAUGCUCUGGUGAUUUAGCUCUAGUUAAUAAAAACAGUACUAGCACAUAAACUGUCAUUUAAGUUCUUAUUGACAAUAAAGCACUUUGAAAUUCCUCA